AUGUGCAUAUUUCUAAAUAAUCAUGUGAGUGUAAGUCAGGUGAUACCGGUUCAUAAAUCAGAAUAUUAUUUGAUCCACUAAAGCAAAAGUAAAAAUAAUUCAAUAACUAAAAUGGCUUCAAAUUUCGAGAGUUCAAUUUAUAGAGGAUCAGAUUUGUUCUUUGACUUUUCACGUUUCACUUGUCUGGGAAAUGACAGAAACACAGAGGCUGAGGUUUAUUGUAAGGACUGUUCCAAGGUUUAUUGUGGCAAAUGUUUGGAGUACCAUAACUUUCUAUACCAGAAGCAUGCAACUUUGGACAAGAAAAACAUCAGCAAGUGGCCUGUUUCCAAUGCAACAAUUGAUGCCCUAGAGCAAUGUCAGGUGCACAAGGACAGGAAAUUGGAAACAUUCUGUGAGGACCACAGUGAGCUGAUGUGUACAGUCUGUCAUGUCUACAAACACAAGAAAUGCAGCAAUGUUGUACUCAUACCUGAUAAAGUGAAAGACCUGCGCCAGAAAGGAGAUUUCAAACAGUUGUCAGCAAUUCUCAAUACAUUACAUGAACAGUUGAUUCAGAAGAAAGAUGACCUUGAGAAAAGUAUGAAGUCCCUUAAAAGAUUCUUCAAGAACAUUCUGAAAGAAAUCAAUGGUUUACGCAAGGCAAUCAAUGAUUCUUUGGAUCAACUGGAGAGAAAUACCAUCAAGGAGUUAGAUGCACUACUGGCUGAAUUGAGGACAUGUAUUCAAAUUGAUAAUGAAAACUGCAUUGAGUCUUUGAAAAAGAUGACAUCUGUAAAAGAAGAUUGGCUAAAGAAAAAAGUGAAGCAAUCCAGAUGAUUUUGUACAGAAAAUGCCUAGAUCAGUCUGUCAAGACCAAAACGGUUUUACAAGAAUUAACAGUAAAGAAUGAUAUGAAACUGAGCUUUACACCUGAUACAACCAUCCAACAAGCCUUGUCCACCACUUCAGGAUUUGGACAAUUACUCAUACAUGAAAACACAGUGACCAGAGAGUCAAAACCUGAAGCAUGUUGCCCAGUACGCAGCCAAAAUGAUCACGAAGAUAAAACAAGUGAUACCAACAAGCAAGGCUUGGUUUCCAGUCCAGUAUCAAGAACAGCCAGACAAGCUGAAAAAGGGAACCAAACAAGUGUUCUUAACAAGCCAGAUCAGAUUGACAAUCAAAUAUCAGUAACAUCUAGACAUGGUGACAUUGCACAACAAAAAACUGCUGUCAACAAGCCAGACAAUGUUUCCAAUCCAAUAUCCUAUUCAUCUACACAACCUAACAUUACAAGUGAUGUGAACAAGCCAGGUCAGAUGUCUGAUACAGGAACAAGUUCAUCACGUCAGUUAGUUCAUGGAUAUCAACCAAGUGGCAUCAGCAAGUCUGAUUCAAACCAUCAAACUCAUUAGAGUGAAGAGUAGUAAGAUGUAUAGUGUGAAGAUUGAGAGGGAUCGGUGCGAAUGCUGCAUAACAGGUAUAUGUGUGACAGCUACUGGAGAACUCCUCAUCACAGACCAGGCAAACUAUAAAGUUAAGCUGCUGGAUCAGACCUACAAGGUGAUGGCCCACUUUGACUUGUCUGAUGUACCAAACUCCAUGUUCAGCAUUGACUCCAGUCUAGUGGCUGUUGCUGUGUGUAACAAUGGAGUUCACUUCAUCAGAGUGACCAAUGGUCAACUGGUGCAGGAAAGGACACUGGCGCUCAAACAUAUCUGCAAGGGAAUUGCCCAUCACCAGGGCAACCUGUACAUUACAUAAGGCACAGCCCUGUAGCACUACAAUGUGGAUGGAACACUGAUGAGCAAGAUGUAUCAAGAUAAAAUAACAAGUUGGACAGUAACAUCCUGUGCAGUGGGUCCAGAUGGAGACAGGAUAUAUGUGCUCAACUGGGAAAGUGGCCAGCUGGUCACACUGUCCAGGGAUGGCAAAGUGAUAUCUAAACUCACUGACCCUGCACUGCCAACUAGACAGGGAUGGAAGUUUCUAAUUGGAAAUAUCUCAUCUAGCCUCCAUGUGACAGCCUCUGGACAAGUUCUGGUAUGUGGAGCCAAUUCAGAUACAAUAUUCCAGGUGGACAGAGAUGGGAAACAGAAACUCUCAGAAGUGGUUAGAGAGAAGCAUAGACAACCAGCAUCAGUCUACUAUAGUAAACAUACAGGAAAUCUAAUUGUGGGAAUGAAAUAUAAUAAUGACAUUACGGUAUUUAGCAAACACUGAGUUUUUUAAUAGUUCAUAGUUAAGAUUUAAAUGUACUUUCUAUACAUAAGUCAUUUAGAAAUGCAUUACAGGCACAUUUACUGUUUGAAAUAAAACGUAUUCAAUACAUACAAAUAAUCAAAUUAUUCCCUUAAAAUAUUGAAUUUUUAAAUUAAACAAGGGCUGUUUGUAAAACAUGCAUGCCCCCCAUAUGGGCUGUCAGUUGUAGUGACAUUGACCUUUGACCUGGUGACCUGAAAAUCAAUAGGGGUCAUCUGCCAGUCAUGAUUGAUGUACCUAUGAAGUUUCAUGAUCCUAGGCCUAAUUAUUCUUGAGUUAUCAUCAGGAAACCAUUUUACUGUUUCAAGUCACUGUGACCUUGACCUUUGACAUAGUGAUUUGAAAAUCAAGAGGGGUCAUCUGCCAGUCAUUAUCAAUGUAGUCUGAUUUAUAAGACGCACAAAGAAUUUAGAGAUACUUUUAUAUGGGCUUAAUUCUUUGGAACGUCUCAUCGGUGAAGGACCUUUUUUGUGGUGGAAACCAGAAAGUUUAAAUUUUCAUCAAUUUGCGUAAAAUUGCAAAAUAACAUAAUCCACUCAUUCAGUUUUAAUUCAGAAGUCCAUUUUCACCACAAAUAUCGUCGAUUUGAAGUUAGAAAGGCUUAAAUUCUUCAGUCAAACUUCUGCUUAAAACGCAAAACAAUCACUGACAUGUAGCCAUGUCAUGAAACUGAUUUAAAUAUGAACCAAUCAAAAGAAGGCAUUACGGUGUAACGUGUACGUGUAAUUUUAUUUAACAUGAGCUUUUAACACCGACUUUUACCAACUAGAUAAGUAUGCUAAUCUUUGUCGAUUUAAUAAGCAUAUGUUCAAAACAGAUAUGGUGCAGUUUCUAUUCACUCUUCUAAGUUUCAGCAAGUUUUUAUGCAUGUCUUUUUGCACCUCUGUCUGUGUUGUUUUAUGUACUUAAAUUCUUUGUUACAUAGGACGUUAUACUGUACGAUCUGUAUCAAUAUUAUGUAUGUUCAGUAUAAAAAUAAAAGAUGUAAUUUA